AUGGCCACGUCCAGCGCCGCCGCCACCGGCUCCUCGGCCUUCACCUUUGGCUUCCUUCCACCUGUCUCUGAGAAGCUUGGUCGCGGCAACUACAACAUGUGGUUUGCCCAGGUCUCCUCCACCAUCAAAGGCGCCCAGUUCGGCAAAUACAUCCGCCCGGAUGCUGUCCCUCCCGCAGCGUACCUUCAAGGCGACGCCGAUCCCGCCACCGGCAAGACACCCGAUCCUCAACCCAAUCCUGCGUAUGAAACGUGGGUUACUCAGGACCAGCAGGUCCUCAGCUACCUCUUCUCGUCAUUGUCGAGGGAGGUUUUCUCUCAGGUCUCCGCUGCCACUACUGCGUCUGAGCUUUGGGCAGCCAUCCAGGCCCAUCAUGCCAGCCAAUCCCGCGCUCGGAUCAUCUCCACCCGCAUGGCCCUUGCUACUGCGUCCAAGGGCUCCUCCUCCAUUGCUGAUUAUUUUGGCAAGAUGAAAGGGCUGGCGGACGACAUGGCUGCGGCGGGGAAGAAACUUGAUGACGACGACCUCGUCACGUACAUCCUCACCGGCCUCGACGACGACUUCGACAAUGUGGUCACCUCCAUCGCCACCAGGGUGGAACCCAUCACCAUACCCGAGUUGUAUGCGCAACUCAUCGCGCAUGAGCAGCGCAAAGGGUUAAACCCACCGACAGGCGGUCACUCCGCAAACUCCGCCACUAGGAACGGCCGCCCCGGCUCCUUCACCAAGACUCGAGGUGGUAGCCGUGGAGGCCUUGGUCGUGGCAAUGGCGGCCACGGCCGCGGUGGCGGCAACAGCGGCAAUGGGGGCAGCGGCCAUGGUCGCAACUUCCAGCCAGGUGUGUUCUGUCAGAUUUGUGGCAAAGAAGGACAUCCCGCUCAUCGCUGCUACAAGAGGUUCGACUCCAACUACAAUGGACCGCCACAAAAGAGUGCGUCUUCGGUCACUCCCAGUUCGUACGGUGUAGAUACGAAUUGGUACAUGGAUUCUGGGGCUACGGAUCACAUCACAGGUGAUCUGGAACGCCUGACGAUGCGCAACAAGUAUCACGGUGGUGACCAGAUUCAUGCUGCCGACGACGCAGAAAAUGUAGGUGAAAAUCCUCCUCUAAAUGGAGAAGAAACAGGGUUGAAUAGCGCCACCAUGUCGGGAUAUCUUAUGUGCUCCCCGGCUGGAGACAGCGCGCCCCUCCAGGUGGAUUCUCCUGCCCCAGCGCACGGCGGCGCAGCAGGCGGUCCGAUCACAUCGUCUUCGGGAUUGGUGGCAAACAGCUCUGCUUCCGCUGCUGAUCCGGCUACCAGCGCGAGAUCGUCCGUGGCCGUUGCUGCGCCACAUCUCCCCACGCCUCUGAGUUCUAUGCCACAGAUUGAUCCCACGGGGGAGGCGCUACGUCGAUGCCGACGCCAACAGAGAUCCUUGCCACUGGAUCCUCUACGGCUGUGGCUACUGAGGUCGCUCCUACGAUCUCUACGUCCCAGCAGCCAUCCACACGUCUCUCGCAAAGGUAUUUCAAAGCCUAAAUUACGUACUGAUGGCACUGUUCGUUGGUGUAUGCAUGUGAAAGCUCCAACAAGAGAACCGACAACCUUAGAAGAAGCUCUCGGUCAUAAGCAUUGGGUCACGGCUAUGGAUAAUGAAUAUCAAGCAUUGAUGAAAAAUAAGACAUGGCAUCUUGUGCCUCGCCCUAAAGAGAAAAACAUUGUUGGCUGCAAAUGGGUCUAUAAGAUCAAGCGCAAAGCAGAUGGAACUAUUGAUCGAUACAAGGCACGAUUAGUUGCCAAAGGGUUUAAACAACAAUAUGGUAUAGAUUAUGAAGAAACAUUUAGCCUAGUUGUUAAGGCUGCAACUAUCCGUCUUAUUCUGUACAUUGCUGUAUCAAAAGGAUGGUCUCUUCGACAACUUGAUGUUCAGAAUGCCUUCCUUCAUGGUCUCUUAGAAGAGGAAGUCUACAUGCAACAACCUCCAGGGUAUGUAGAUUCUGUUCAUUCUGCAUAUGUUUGCAAACUCGAUAAAGCACUCUAUGGUUUGAAGCAGGCUCCAAGAGCUUGGUAUGCCAGGCUGUGUCAGAGGUUGGAGUCGCUUGGUUUCGUGGCAUCCAAAGCCAACACCUCACUGUUUUUCUAUAACCAUGGCGGAUUCAGCAUGUUUGUUCUUGUCUAUGUGGUUGAUAUUAUUGUUGCCAGUUCCUCUUCUCAAGCAACCGAGGCAUUGCUAAGAGAUCUGCAGCGUGACUUUGCUCUCAAGGACUUGGGUGAUUUACACUAUUUCUUAGGCAUUGAGGUCAACCGAGUUUCGGAUGGACUUGUUUUAUCUCAGGAGCGCUAUGCGGCAAAUGUGCUAUCCCGCUCAGGCAUGGACAGAGCUAAGGCGGUGGACACACCUCUUUCCUCCACUGAGAAGCUCAGCCUUAAUAUAGGGGAUCCUCUCGGGCCUGAUGACUCUACACGAUAUAGGAGUGUGGUAGGUGCAUUGCAGUACCUCACUCUUACUCGGCCAGACAUUUCAUUUGCAGUCAAUAAGGUGUGUCAAUACCUUCAUGCCCCUACAAUAGUUCAUUGGAGCACGGUUAAAAGAAUUUUGCGAUAUAUCAGUGGCACUGUUAAAAUGGGGCUAAAGAUCAGACGAUCUGGUUCAACUCUGGUCAGUGCAUUCUCUGACGCUGAUUGGGCCGGUUGUGUAGAUGAUCGUCGGUCUACAGGUGGUUUUGUUGUGUUCGUUGGUGCUAAUAUUGUCUCGUGGAUGGCAAGAAAACAGGCGACAGUCUCCCGGUCCAGUACCGAGGCUGAAUAUAAAGCGCUAGCAAAUGCCACUGCUGAGAUGAUGUGGGUACAGAAACUACUAGCAGAGUUGCGCAUCCAGCAUCCCUCCUCAGCAAGAUUGUGGUGUGAUAAUCUUGGUGCCAAAUACCUAUCAGCAAAUCCUGUUUUCCAUGCACGAACGAAAUAUAUAGAGAUUGAUUUCCACUUUGUCCGUGAACGGGUGGCAAACAAGUUACUUGAUAUCCGGUUUAUAAAUUCUGCUGAUCAGCUUGCAGACGGUUUCACUAAGGCGAUAUCUGCAGUCAAGAUGCAACAGUUUAGAAGCAAUCUUGGCCUUGUUAGUGGCUAA